AUGGUAAAAGCUCCCCAGAGUGAAGAGAGGCUGGCCAGAGGAGGAACGGGGAAUAACUCAGUUUUAGCCUGCGGAGCCCAGGCCUCUUGGAGCAUCUUUGGGGCUGACACAGCAGAGGUUCCGGGCACCCGAGGCCAGUCCUGCCAGAAGGCUGCCAUGCCCCACAUUCCCGAGGACGAGGAGCCCCCCGGAGAGCCACAGGCAGCUCAGAGCCCCAUCGGCCAAGGCUCUCCCACCGCAGGGAUAUCUUGCAGUCCACCCACGAUCGUCCUGACUGGGGAUGCCAGUUCACUGGAAGGAGAAACUGACAAAAACCUGGCCAACAGAGCUCACAGUCCCCACCGGAGGCUUUCUCACCGACACUUGAAGAUUUCCACUGCUCCGCUGACUUCUGUGGACCCUGCGGGGCAUGUCAUUGACCUGGUAAAUGACCAGCUGCCAGACAUCAGCAUCUCAGAGGAGGACAAGAAGAAAAACCUGGCGCUGCUGGAGGAAGCCAAGUUGGUGAGUGAGCGAUUCCUGACCCGACGUGGGAGGAAGUCCAGGAGCAGCCCCGGAGACUCUCCGUCAGCUGUUUCCCCAAACCUCAGCCCCAGAGCUUCUCCUACAUCCUCGCGGAGCAACUCACUCACCAUCCCCACGCUGCCUGGUUUGGAUGCAUGCAGUGGCCCACAGCCUCCUCUGCCCGGAGCACCAGCACAGAAGGGGGAUGAGGCCGAAGUCUCUUCACAUCACCUUGGCGAGCCUAAUAUCCCCAAAGGGCUAGCUGACCGGAAGCAAAAUGACCAGAGGAAAGUGUCUCAGGGCAGGCUGACUCCUCGCACUCCCACAGUUGAGAAGUCCAAAGAGAUUGCAAUAGAACAAAAGGAAAACUUUGAUCCCCUCCAGUGCCCUGAGGCCAUACCCAAGGGCCCAGCUUCUGGCUUAGGCAGUGUCGGGAAAAUGGCCCUGAACAGCCCCCAGCCUGGCCCUGCUGAGAAUGAGCUGGACAAGCCACUCCUGAAGACAGCCAGGGAGGGCAACCCUCUGCCCAGAAGUCCAGCCCAGGGCUCUGGAGGGGCAGCUCACCCGGCCCCCCAGGAAAAAGGCACAGCUGGAGAGCCAGGAGGGUCCAAGGUUGGCUCCAAAGCCGAGCUUCGGCCCCCUCCUGCCCGGCCGCCCCUGCUUCGGGGGGUCUCCUGGGACAGCAGCCCCGAAGAGCCUGGCCCCCGGCUGCAGCAAGUGCUUGCUAAGCUGCCCUUAGCAGAGGAAGAGAAGCGUUUUGCGGGCAAAGCUAGCAGCAAGCUGGCCAAGGUGCCUGGACUCAAAGACUUACAGAUCCAAGUGCAGCCCGUGCGGAUGCAGAAACUGACCAAGCUCCGUGAGGAGCACAUUCUGAUGAGAAACCAGAACUUAGUGGGGCUCAAGCUUCCAGAACUUAGUGAAGCGGCGGAGCAGGAAAAAGGGCUCCAUUCUGAACUCUCUCCAGCUAUUGAGGAAGAAGAGUCAAAGAGUGGCUUGGACGUCAUGCCCAAUAUUUCUGAUGUGCUGCUGCGCAAACUGCGGGUCCACAAGUCUCUCCCUGGAAGUGCCCCUCCACUCACUGAAAAGGAAGUUGAGAACGUGUUUGUACAACUGUCCUUGGCCUUUAGAAAUGACAGCUACACCCUGGAAUCUAGAAUUAACCAGGCUGAAAGGGAACGCAACCUGACAGAAGAGGAUACUGAGAAGGAACUGGAAAACUUCAAAACUUCCAUUAUGUCUUCAGCUUCACUCUGGCACCACUGUGAGCACCGGGAGACCUACCAGAGGCUGCUGGAGGAUAUCGCUGUCCUGCAUCGCCUGGCUGCCCGCCUCUCCAGCCGCGCUGAGAUGGUGGGGGCUGUCCGCCAGGAAAAGCGCAUGUCAAAGGCAACAGAGGUGAUGAUGCAGUACGUGGAGAACCUGAAGAGGACGUAUGAGAAGGACCAUGCAGAGCUCAUGGAAUUUAAAAAACUGGCAAAUCAGAAUUCUAGCCGCAGCUGUGGUCCCUCUGAAGACGGGGUCCCUCGCACAGCGCGGUCCAUGUCCCUCUCUCUGGGAAAGAACAUGCCCCGUCGGAGAGUCAGCGUUGCUGUGGUCCCCAAGUUUAAUGCCCUGAACCUGCCCAGUCAGCCUCCAAGCUCAUCACCCAUCCCUUCCUUACCUGCCCUGUCAGAAUCAUCCAGUGGGAAAGGCAAUCUACCUGUUGUCACCUCAGCACUGCCUGCACUUUUGGAAAAUGGAAAAACAAAUGGGGACCCAGAUUGUGAAGCUUCUGCUCCCACAUCAACCCCGAGCUGCCUGGAGAUUAGCCAGGAGACCAAGGCCAAGAUGGAGGAAGAAGCGUACAAUAAGAGAUACCAGGAAGAUCUAAAGAAGAUCAAAGAGUUUAAAUGCCUAAAGGAGGAGGAAGAAGAACAGAAGAGUGAGGAUCCUGAGGAACCUGAAGAGGCAGAAGAAAGUGAAGAAGAGGGAAAGGACCAGAGAAGCAGCAAACUUGAAGAAUUGGUUCAUUUCUUACAAGUUCUAUAUCCCAAACUGUGUCAGCACUGGCAAGUCAUCUGGAUGAUGGCCGCAGCAAUGCUGGUCUUGACUGUGGUCUUGGGGCUGUACAAUUCCUAUAACUCUUGUGUGGAGCAGCCCGAUGGGCCCCUUGGAAGAUCCACUUGCUCAGCAGCCCAGAGGGACUCCUGGUGGAGCUCAGGACUCCAGCAUGAGCAGCCUACAGAGCAGUAG